UCAAUCUGACGUCCCGUGAGGUUAUAGCGCCUAGGAGAUCGCAGAUGGCCCGCGGAAGCUGGCAGCCUAUCCACUCCGACGACGGAACUCCCAUACACACUGUGCAUGGUUCCCGAGUCACAAAUACUGUUAUCACUGUCAUCCCCGCUCUCUGUCUCGCUCAGAGAGAAGCAGAUGAUAGCGCACAAAAAACUGGUUCUGUGACGCUGUGAAGCGUUGGGUGAAUAUCAAGUCGUUGCGCUUACUGGAAUUAGCAGGGGUUGAUUCCCGAGCUGGACACCGAAGCGGCUGCUGGGCUUCCCAAUGGCUGCAUCCAUGGCGCAAAUGCUGCCCGUGCAAUUCUCCUCUAGACGCUCACUGGGUCCUUCUUCCUCCGCUAGAAGGUGUGGGAAGGUGGCAAAUUCUCUGCAAUGCAGCAGAAUUUGUGGGCUUCGGAAUGUCGGAUUCUCUAGCUCUCUACCGAGUCCGAGACAGGAUUUCAAUAGAAUGGAGUGCAAUGGGUAUGGGGCCGCGUCCAGGUUUGCAAGACAGGUGAUUCGCUCGGAUAUGGAGAAAGAGAGUGGCAAAGUGCUGAAUAAACAGGGGGCGGGAAAAUCGUGGGUCAGCCCGGACUGGCUAACUGGUUUGGUACAGAUGGUGAAGGGGAAGGAUGAAUCAGGUAUUCCUAUAGCUGACGCAAAAUUGGAGGAUGUGCAGGACCUUCUGGGCGGAGCUCUGUUCUUGCCUUUGUUCAAGUGGAUGAAAGAGUCGGGCCCAAUUUACAGGUUGGCAGCAGGACCGAGGAAUUUCGUGAUUGUCAGUGAUCCCCAGAUGGCGAAGCAUGUGCUGCGAGCUUAUGGAACAAAGUACGCGAAGGGGCUCGUAGCAGAGGUGGCUGAGUUUUUAUUCGGUUCGGGAUUUGCCAUUGCAGAGAACCAGCUCUGGACUGUUCGCAGGAGAGCGGUAGUCCCAUCUCUCCAUCGAAAGUAUCUGGCGACUAUGGUGGAUCGCGUGUUUUGUAGAUGUGCGGAGAGACUCGUGGACACAUUACAGGCUGCUGACGAGAAAGGUGUAGCUGUGAACAUGGAAGCAAGAUUCUCUCAGCUGACCCUGGAUGUUAUCGGGUUGUCCGUCUUCAACUACGACUUCGAUUCUCUUACAUCAGAUAGUCCGGUCAUAGAAGCUGUUUACACGGCUUUGAAGGAAACAGAGUCAAGAUCCACAGACAUACUACCAUACUGGCAGGUGCCUUUUUUGUGCCAAAUAGUACCCAGGCAACAGAAAGCUGCAAAGGCAGUCGCGCUUAUUCGAGAAACUGUCGAAGACCUGGUAGCGAAGUGUAAGAAAAUUGUGGAUGAAGAAGGGGAGAGAUUGGAGGGUGAAGAAUAUAUCAACGAAGCAGAUCCCUCAGUGCUUCGUUUCCUCCUGGCAAGUCGUGAAGAGGUCUCGAGCACCCAGUUACGGGAUGACCUCCUUUCUAUGCUUGUAGCAGGGCACGAGACCACAGGCUCCGUCCUCACCUGGACCGUCUAUUUGUUAAGCAAGAAUCCUUCAGCUUACCAAAAAAUGCAAGAAGAACUCGAUACAGUUUUGGGGGGUAGAAAUCCCACAAUGGAGGACGUUAAGAACUUGAAGUACCUAACUCGGUGUAUUAACGAGUCUAUGCGAUUGUAUCCUCAUCCACCGGUAUUGAUCAGAAGAGCCAAUGCGCCAGAUACGUUGCCUGGAGGUUACAAACUCGGAGCUGGACAAGACGUUAUGAUAUCUGUUUAUAAUAUUCACCACUCACCUGCUGUGUGGGAAAGAGCAGAAGAGUUCAUCCCUGAGAGGUUUGAUCUGGAGGGUCCUGUCCCUAAUGAGAGCAACACAGAUUACAGAUACAUACCCUUCAGCGGAGGUCCUCGUAAGUGCGUUGGGGACCAAUUUGCCAUGCUGGAAGCGAUUGUCGCUCUGGCCGUGGUUCUUCAACGCUUCCACUUUUCGCUUGUCCCCAACCAGACUAUAGGGAUGACAACUGGAGCCACCAUCCACACCACCUCGGGACUCUUCAUGAAUGUGAAGGCUAGGCAAAAGAAACCAGCAGCUGAGCUCGCAAGCAUAUAAAAUUUGCGUCUAUGCCGAGAUUGCAUAUCGAUCUCGUCUCACAUAUCACUAGAGUUCGACGUUGGGACUUCUGGAUAGGACACUGUACAGGCGGUAUACAUUUUUUCAGCAGUUAUGCAACAUGUAUGCAUGCAAUUAUGGACGAAGUAUUUUCUCAGGAUUAAAUUCUGAGAGGAGGGUAGAGUUCUAAGUGGUGAAUUUACUGCAUUCACUUUUUUUUUUGAUCUAUCCGGAAUCAUCGUCUUCACUCUAUGUACUUCAGCUUCUGACUCGCUCUCGACGUCAUUGUUAUAACAUAGUGCUCCGGUUUGACGAUUUUUCAUCUGACCUUAUGCAAAAGUAGAAAGUCGGCCAGGUCCAGUGAAUCAGUAAAGAUGAUUCUCCGAAGAGUAGAGAGGAUUUCACACGACGUUUUCUUGUCCACUUGAGAAACUGACACGGUUUUCUCUCUAUCCUCUUUUAUGCUCCAAGAAAGCAUCUGAGCGGCAUGGAUGAAACCGUUAACGUGUUCCGGAUCCUUUUGUAUAAUUUGUAACUCCAAGUUAUCAACAUUAUGGUGCUCAGCAAGAGACUAUUGCAU